UCGAACCUAUGCUAGUGUCGCUGCCUCACCCGUGACAGUUACAAAGUCUAAAACUGGAAUUACUGUCGUUUCGGUUGAAGAUAGUGCCCCUGCUUCUUCUGUCUCCCUUGUGGUAAAGGCUGGUUCUCGGGAGGAGGGUACUGAUAAUGUCGGUGUGGCUCAUUUUUUAAAGAAUUUUGCUUUUAAGAACACGUCGACGCGAACUGCGUUCCGCACCGCGCGUGAAGCAGAAUUGCUCGGUGGCUUCCUAUCUGCAAAUUUGACAAGAGAAAAUUUAAUACUCUCGGCUGAAUUUUUACGCACUUUUGAAGGUAUCAAUCCACAUGAAUUUCCUAUCAUUAAGGAGAGUGUCAAUUUUGAAAGAGGUGCUGCUGCUGCUAUUCCUGAAGUUACAGCUUUAAAUGCUGCUCAUGCUGUGGCUUUCCGUCAUGGCCUUGGCAAUUCUUUAUUUGCUGAUGGUGCAACAAAAGUCUCAAGUAGUUCUGCUGUUAGAGCAUUUGCUAAUAAAGUUUAUACUUCAUCAAACAUCACGAUUUUGGGUACUUCUGUAAAUCACAAUGAGUUAUUAAAUCUUACAGAUUCAUUAUUUCAAAAUAUUAGCCACACUGUUCCUCCUACUCCAAUUUCCUCAAAAUAUUUUGGUGGGGAAUGCAGAAUUCCUGCUCCUGGUGAUAGCCAUUUUGUCCUUGCUUUUCUAGGUGCACCUAUUGGUACUCCUGAAUACGCUGCCCUUCAAGUUUUACGUUUCCUCAUUGAUGGCGAAAAAAGCACCAAAUGGGGUGAAGGUGUCAAUGUAUUAGCUCAAAAAACAAGUAAGCUCAAUCAUAUAAAAAUUAGUUCCUUCAAUACUGGAUAUUCGGAUGCUGGUCUUUUUGGUGUAUAUAUCUCUGGAACUGCUACGUCUGUAUAUUCCGCUUCUCGUGUCGCUGUCGAACAAUUAAAACAUGCCGCAAAUAAGAUUUCAAAUGAUGAUUUCUUGCGAGCUUUAGCAAAGGCUCGUUUUAAUGCUGCUGCAUCUUAUGAGACACGCGCUUCUAAAACAGAAAUUUUCGGUAACCAGGUUUUGUUUUCUGGAAAAGUCACUCCGGUGACUGAAGCUAUUGCCCAAUUUGAUCGUUUCAAAGUUGAAGACAUUCAAAACGUAUGUAAUUUUUUGAAGUCUAUAGCCUUACCAGAUUCUGCUCUUGAAAAUUUCUUAGCGCUGAAUCCGAUAAGAUAA